AUGCCUCUUGUUAGAACUCUGCCCGACCAAGCCGGUGGGGGGGGGCAUUCGAGACAACCAGAUUCAUCUAUCUAUCUAUCUAUCUAUCCCAGACUGUUCAUAUCUAUCUAUCUAUCUAUCUAUCCAGACUGUAUCUAUCUAUCUAUCUAUCUAUCUAUCUAUCUAUCUAUCUAUCUAUCUCAGACUGUAUCAUAUCUAUCUAUCUAUCUAUCUAUCUAUCUAUCUAUCUAUCUAUCUAUCUCAGACUGUUCAUAUCAUAUCUAUCUAUCUAUCUAUCUAUCUAUCUAUCUAUCUAUCUAUCUAUCUAUCUAUCUAUCUCAGUCUGUUCAUAUCUAUCUAUCUAUCUCAUCUAUCUGUUCUAUCUAUCUAUCUCAUCUAUCUAUCUAUCUAUCUAUCAUAUCUAUCUAUCUAUCUAUCUGUUCUGUCUGUCUGUCUGUCUGUCUGUCUGUCUGUCUGUCUGUCUACGUGGACCAAGUGAGUUCGACUAUACUUACGAAUCUAUUCAUCUAUCUAUCUAUCUCAGUCGGUUCAUAUCUAUCUAUUUCAGUCGGUUCAUAUCUAUCUAUCUAUCUAUCUAUUUUUUGA